AUGGUCAGGCUUGCUUCGCAUGGGCGUCCCACCGACGUCACGAGGAUAACGCCGCUCCAGGUGGAGAGGACGCGGGCGAAGCUCUCAUACGCUGAGCCACUUGCUCUCACCGUCCACCCCUCCGCUUUCCAUCACCCUAGGGCCACCUACGCAGCCAUGUCGCUCGCACGCACGAUCAACUACAUCCGCAAGGAGGGCAUCAAGAAGUUUUGGCGUGACCUCAACUACAUCGGUGACGCCAAGUCCGGCCGUCUCGUCGGAAUCGACAGGAAUGGCAACAAGUUCUACGAGAACCACGACGAGUUCCCGCUGAGGCACCGAUGGGUCGACUAUGCGGCAGACAACGAGUUCAACGCUUCGCAGGUCGACCCGCUCUGGCACUCGUGGCUGCACCACAUCCGCCAGAAGCCGCCGCAUGAGGACGCAGGCAUCCAAAAGAUGACCCAGUCCUGGAUGACCCCUCCUCGCGAAAACAUCACUGGCACACGCGGUGGCUUCAAGACGUACAACACCACCAAGCCAAAGAUCUCCGCAUGGGAGCCCAAGGUCGCCGAGCGAGGAUAG